AGAGCUUACAUAGAAUGAAGAUCCAAGUAAACAACACUUGAAGAGUGCAGAGAAACUCUAAUCUAAUAUGUUCCAGGAAGAUUUCAGGAACAUGACUGAAGGGACCAGGAACAGCAGCGACUCCUCCUCCGCCUUCGUUCACACCAACACCAUGAGUGCCAUCCUGGUCACUGUCUACUCGGUUGCCUUGGCUGGAGGUGGAAUUGGGUCCAUCACAAUGUCCUUUGUGCUGCUCAAGAUGAACACUCUGUCUGUGACCACGACUGCCAUCAUUAACCUGGUGGUUGUGCACAGCCUCCUCCUCUUCACGGUGCCCUUCCGCCUGCACUACUAUGUCAAAAAGAAGUGGGUAUUUGACAUGCCAUUUUGCAAGAUGGUGAGUGCCAUGGUGCACAUCCACAUGUACCUGACCUUCAUAUUCUAUGUGAUCACGCUGGUGAUCCGGUGGCUCGUCUUCUUUCAGUGGAAGGACAAGGUGGAGUUUUACAGGAAGCUGCACGCCAUUGGGGCGAGCGCUGCCGUGUGGCUCUUCGUCAUGGUCUUUGGGGUGCCGCUCUUCUACUUUGAGUACGGAAGCUCAGGCACGUACGAAAAUACAACAUGCUUCCAGUUCCAAAAAGAGCUAAAGCACAAAAGUGUGAAAGCCCUGAACUACACCCUAAUUGUAGCUGUUGCCCUCAUUUCUUGUGUCCUCUUGAGCUUGCAGAUUUUUAUCCUGGUAAAAGUGGCAAGAAAAUUUUCCACCUCCCUCUGUUCACACCAAGAAUUCUGGGCCCAGGUGAAAAACUUGAUUUUCAUCUGGAUCAUUAUAAUUUGGUUCCUUCCCUAUCACCUGUUCAGGGCCUACUACAUAGAGUAUGUGAGUGAUUUUAACCAGUUAGAAAGCUACAAUGAGGUUUUUUUGAGCCUGACUGCCCUGAGCUGUCUGGACCUGCUGUCAUUCGUGCUGAGCGGAAGCAGCUUCUUCAAGCAAAAUGUGGGGAUGCUCCACAGGAAGUUGUUUUGCUGCUAGCAUCAGCCUCCUGCAGCAUGUGCAGGACCUGGGAUAGGACAGUGAUGGACAGACAUGGCAAACUCGCUCCUCAGCAAGUUGAGGGUAUGCUCUGGAAACGGUACAACACACCCGCACAGGGCUUUGCAUGUCAGCUUCCUGAAGUAAUGGAACAAACUGCCCCCAGGGUCUCAGCUAGUAAACAGGAAGGUGACCUCAGCAAUUUCCUCAUGGGGCUACCCAGUGAGUUGUGGAUGGACCUGGAGAAGAGGAAAGAAAGGCCAUGGGCUCUUCUUUCUUACUGCUUUUACUUCAAGAUUUGCGAAGUCAAAGGCACUAGGAGGAGACUUGAGAAUUGCAAUGUAGAAACACAAAUAAGGAAGCUGGUUUAUAUAGACUAAGGUACAGAUUUUUGAAACUUAAAGAUCUAUAUCAUUUUCCCAUACAUUUCAUAUUUAUUUCCCACA